GGAAAUGUAUCUCCCGGCAGACUUUAAUAGUCCAUCUGCCACAAGAAUAACAUGAUAGUGACAAAUUGCCAAAUGUGUUGCGGUUAAUUUUUAGCACUAGUCUCUGACUGAAUGGUUGUUAGUUUUGCUCAAUUGCUUGUCCCAUUUUAUUUACUUUUUUCGCCCAUUCCUCCAUCAACCAGAGUUGAAGAACCCAACAUGGACGACCUCAUGACGUCAAACAUCCUCACCACAACAGCCAUGAUGGCCUAUCCUUCCCUAAACUCCAGUGGCCAAGACAGCCAGGUGUCUGUGGGUCCGUCCCCCGAGCCCGGUCCCUGCUCCUUGGACACCAGCUCCCUGCGGAUCCCCCUGACCCUCUUCUACACCCUCUUUGUCGUGCUCGGCCUGGCCGGGAACCUGCUGGCCCUGUGGGUGUUCCUGCGCGACCGCCCCGAGAAGGCCUCCGUGGACGUGCUCCUGGUCAACGUGGCGCUGUCAGACCUGCUGCUGGUGCCCUGCCUGGCCUUCAGGGUGUGGUACCACGGGGUGCGCGGGGAGCGCUGGGAGCUGGGCGCCACCAUGUGUCACAUGGUCGGCCAUUUCUUCUACAUGAACAUGUACAUCAGCAUCGUGCUGCUGGGGCUGAUCAGCGUCGACCGCUACGUGAAGACCAGCCGAGGCGGGGUGCCGCUGCAGCGGCCCCGCGGUCUGGCAAAAAGGUGCGGCUGGAGAACUGCCGCCUGCACCAUCAUCUGGGCCCUGGCGUUUGCCUCGGUGAUGGGCUCCCUGCUGUCGAUCCUGCUCACCGAGGAGACUCCCAAGGAGCUCAACAGGUCAGUGUUAAUCUCUGUGAUGUAGCGUUCUUCUUGGGUGACCGGUCACCCCUCUAAGCAUGAGAUCCUCGCUCGUUUGUGCGUCACUGUGGUCGUUGCUCUGUAGUACUUCCAGAUGCUUCCAGUAUAAGGAGCUCCAGGACGCCAAGUGGAGGG